GGGUGGAGUGUGGGGGGGGUCUGUUUGUAGUACUCUCAGUCCUGAUGUCACAGGCGCAGCAAGGACAUCGCAAGGAGGAGUCGGAUUACAGUAAGGAUGGGCAGUGCAGCAGGCAGCCCGAGUGCACGCUCCAGCCGCCGGGGACCGUAGCCCGGGAAAGGCGGCCCGAGAGGCGCUCAUCCCGCGGCGGAGGCGGCACGCUCGGCGCCCCUGCUCUCCACGCCGGGGACGUUUCCGCCGAAUGUAGCAUGAAACGGGUUGGCUCUGCGCGGCAGCCCUGGGUGCGAGCUGAUGCUGAAGACGCCGCGGUGGGGUUCCGGCUGUCUGAUUAAUGAGAAGCAUAAUGUAUUUUGGUGAGUGUUCACGCUGAUGAUGUCAUGCUGAGGGUGCCCAGCUCUUCAUCAGGGCAGACAAGCCCUUUCGAAAAUCUCGGCAAAGCCUCGAGAAUCUAUUCCAGUAAACCUACCUUCAGCAGGCAACUGGAGGACCCAGCUGGUGCAGCCCUAGGAGCUUCCUUUGUGCUACGAUCGGGGCUGUUUGUUAGUCGUAGAGGAGUUGAAGUUGGAAAAGGAAAGAGGCAGGGGUGAGGGUGGCUAAACUUUGCCUUGAUUUGUGUGAUGAAGUUGAUUUUUUUUUUAGCUAGGUGAGGAAGGAGAAAUGGUGCGGCGUGGGAAAGUCAUGGGCAAACUCAAUGGAAUGUAAAAGUUCUGUACUAUGGAUGCUGUGGAAGCUUAGUCAAUAUCUACGGUUCAUUAAGCAUUUUGGUUUUCCCCUAAUUCUGAGGCAGAAAGGGAAAGAAAACAUUCUUUGGUGUGCGGUGCUUGGACAGCUGAGAGCACCCUUCCACAGCAUCCCAGUUUUCCAUCCAGCUAGAGCAUCCUGGCACAAAGUGCAUAUUAUUUUAAACCUUUAGAGGUCUCGGAGCUGUUAAAUGUUUGUGCAGUUUAGUUGCGUGCCGUGGUGGAAACCCCCCUUAGGUUUUCUGCGGAGCUGCCUGCCCUUCCAGAAAACAUGUUGAGGCUUAGAUCUGGGCUCUUAGUGGAGCAGUGUAAGUGGGCUGGGAGCUGCACAUUUGCACUGUAACGCUGCAACUUACUGAUGGGGAGAAGGCAAAACCCUUCCCUAAAUACGAAGCCAAGGAUUAGACGGAAUAUCCUUUCCUCCUCCCUGAAGUUAUGCUUUCCUUCUGUGGUACAUGCCAGAGCCCCGCUCUCCCAGCCCUGGUCCGUCCACCAGCCCCUCCUUUGCAACCAUCGCUGGAUAUUAAACCGUUUCUUCCCUUUCCUCUUGACACUGCGGCCGCAGUCAACCUCUUCCCCAAUUUUAAUGCGAUGGACCCGAUUCAGAAAGCUGUAAUAAAUCAUACUUUCGGGGUCCCUCUCCCUCAUCGAAGAAAGCAAAUCAUAUCAUGCAACGUUUGCCAGCUGAGAUUUAAUUCUGAUAGCCAGGCUGCGGCCCACUACAAAGGCACGAAACAUGCCAAGAAGCUCAAAGCACUGGAAGCCAUGAAAAAUAAGCAGAAAUCUGUAACUGCCAAGGACAGCGCAAAGACUACCUUCACCUCCAUCACUACCAAUACCAUCAAUACCAGCUCUGACAAAACAGACAGUACCACGGGGACACCAGCAAUAUCAACGACGACAACUGUGGAAAUUCGCAAAAGCAGCGUUAUGACAACUGAGAUCACUUCUAAAGUGGAGAAAAGCCCCACGACAGCCACCGGCAAUAGCUCCUGUCCUUCCACGGAGACUGAGGAAGAAAAGGCAAAACGGCUGCUUUACUGUUCUCUAUGCAAGGUUGCUGUCAACUCCACCUCACAGCUGGAGGCGCACAACAGUGGUACUAAGCACAAAACGAUGCUAGAAGCUCGGAACGGCAGUGGGACUAUCAAAGCCUUCCCUAGGGUAGGUGUGAAAGGCAAAGGACCAGUGAAUAAGGGGAAUACAGGCCUGCAGAACAAAACGUUUCACUGUGAAAUCUGUGAUGUGCACGUCAACUCGGAAACACAGCUUAAACAGCAUAUUAGCAGUAGAAGGCACAAAGACAGAGCUGCUGGGAAGCCCCCGAAACCUAAAUACAGUCCUUACAACAAACUGCAGAAGGCAGCACAUCCGCUGGGGGUAAAAUUAGUAUUUUCAAAAGAACCUUCAAAGCCUUUGGCUCCACGAAUUCUACCAAACCCUCUGGCAGCUGCAGCGGCUGCUGCGGCUGUGGCAGUGAAUUCCCCCUUCAGCCUCCGAACUGCUCCAGCAGCCACACUGUUCCAGACUUCUGCAGUCCCUCCAGCCCUCCUGCGGCCAGCUCCUGGACCCAUUCGGACCGCCCACACUCCUGUGUUGUUUGCUCCUUACUGAAUUCCAAAUGGGAGUAACUGUACUGCAAUAAUUUUUCAAAAAACACAAAACAAAAAGAGAACUAUGCAGUGUUUAUUUAUAGUUUAAAGUAUACCUGAAGA